AUGUUUGAGUACGGCGAUAGUGAGGACUACAAUUUUACCCCAACAGAUGCAUCGAAACUUGCAUCUUUAUUCGGAACCUCUGCGUUACAAAGUCCCAACGAGACUGAUUUAACAUACACUCCCCCUAAACAGCCAGUAACUGACCAGAAAGACGUGCAAAACGACGCGAAAUCGCCCAAACCACAGAGCACCAAAGUCCUAAUCGUAAAAGUCGUAGGUUUAUGGAAAUUGGAAGAACAAACGUACAAAUCAUUGGGGAAACAUGGGCUCGGUGUAAUCUGUUCGGCAGAUCUGAAAUCCCAAGAACUGAUUGCCUACAAAUCGAAAGACGCGGUCGUGUUGAGGGCGAAAAUCAACGACAAAUUCAUAUUUACCCUCCAAAAGGACGGGUUUUCUUCGUUCAACGACAACACCGCUCGUAGCUGGCUGGUGAAAUUCGAAGCAAACGAUCAACUCGAGUUUUCUAAGAAACUACAAUCGUACGGCGCUAAAGUGGUGGAUUCCAAUAAAGAAUCCGCUGUGAUAUCACCGAAUACUCCGGGGGACAAACCGGAUUUGCUACCGAAACCGCAGAACCUAGGAGUCGGAGACCAGGAAUCGGAUAGCUCCGAGAAACGAGCCAACAUAUUGAACAGGAUAACUAAAUUGGGCCAACAGACUGUGUUACGAUCAGUUUCGACUGCAUCCGAUGCCUCAGAUCACGAAGAAACCGCCAAGAGUAGGAAGCACAGAAAACCGAAAAAAACACCCCUCGAAAAGCACAAAAUUAAAGAAGAACUUCAAGCUCAACAAGACGACAAACGCGCCCCGCUUACAACCGAAUUGGCUGUAAACAAUCUCGUCCAAAUCCCGGCGAAUUAUCCUUUAAUGGUUCAUCAACCGGACAUGAGUAACUACCUCCUAACUCAAAACAUGGAAUUGAAACAAAUACUAUCUACGAUAAAUACUAAAUUGGAUAUCAUCGGUGGCCCGAAAGAGGAACGAGACAAUAACGCGUUAGUUUCGAAAGUAAAAGCACUUGAAUUGAAAUCGGACAAUCUACAAGCGACCGCUGACUUCUACAAGCAGAAGUACGAAGAGUUAGAAAUCAAAUACUUGGAGCUGAUUAAAAAAGACAACAAAAUCGAUGACAACAAGGAUUCCAUAGCCGAUUUAGAAGGGCAAAUUUCCGCGUUGAACAUUCAACUAUCCGUAGCCAACGAAGGUUUGAACGAACUACAAAAGCAAUCGGACGAGUACGAGCGAUCCCUAAUCAAACUCAAAGAGUACGAAUCCACCAUCGAACAACAAAAAUCCAAAAUAGCGGAAUUGGAAGAAUUUCGCGAUCAAAACAAGGAUUUAAUCGGCAACAAAGAGGCCAUAAACUCGUUGAACAACAUGGUGAGCGACCUGAACCAGCGGUUGAAGUUCUACGAGGACGAGCUGUCCAAGUCGGUGCUCGAAAAGCAACAGUUCAACCUCAAGCAGGAGCACGUCGUCUACAACGUGAGCAAUCUGAUCAAGAUGGCCAUGAACAACAUGUACCAGGGCAUCUUGGCCAAUUUCAACGAGGACGUCUCGUACUCGUACUACGAAAUCAAGAAUCCCGUGGCCGAGCACAUGAAGGGCGCCACGUUGAAAUUGAUCGAGGACAUUUCGAGUAAAGUGUUCGAUAAGAAGUCCCAAUGA